GUUUAUAUAUUUCCACCCUGAUUUCAUUUCAUUUCAAUAAGCCAUCUGAUUCAAAAUCAAAAAGAAAGGUAUUUAGCGACAAUGCACCUGCUUCGCUCUUUGUGGCUGCUGAGCAUCCUGCUCCUGGUGGCCGGCCAGCAGAAUCCGGCGGCUGGACCCGCCUCCAAGGAUCCUGCGGCGGCGGCGAAUGUGACGCAGUUGAAUACCACCUUGGUGGCUCCGGGAUCGAAGUCGGCACCGGCAUCGGGACCGGGAACACCAGGAGCUGCUGUCAGUGGUCAAGUGCAGACCAAAAAUCCGGUGGGUGCUCAGCAGGACAAAGCCGCCAACAAUACGGCCGCGGCGGAAAAUGCAGGCAAGAAGAGAAAUCGCACAGACACGGGCUUAACCGCAGCUCCAUUGGCCACUUCCAAGCCGGGGACAGGGGAUCAAAAGGUAGCCAAGGGAAACGAGGCAGCCAGUUCCCCCUCCACCGCAACCACGUCCUCUUCCACUUCGACCACCACCACCACGGCCAAGCCAGCAGCAGGAUCGCCCAUAGUCACCGACGGCCAGUCGAUGCAGGAUGUCACCAAGACAGGCAAGUCGUCCAGCAAUGGUCCCACAAUCACCUCCAGCAGCACCACCAGCACAACGACGACGACCACCACCACCACCACCACCACCACAACUACCACAACCACACCGAAGCCCAUGAAACCCAGUGUGGCCGUGAGCACGGACGUGCACCAAGAGUGGGAGAAGGAUGUGGAGCUGCUGAAUACCCAGGAAAAGCAAGGGCCCGCCCAGGCGCAGCGACCAGGCGUCACGCAGCCGGAACCCGAGGUGCAGGGUCUGACUGGCAGUAGUCUGGCCGAUCACGGGGACAACGGCUACGUGGUGCCCAUUGUGACCGUGCUGCUGACCGUGCCGCUGGCCCUCGGCGUGGUGACCAUCAUGUACCGCCGCUUCCGCGACAUGUGGAGCACCAGACACUAUCGCCGCAUGGACUUCCUCGUGGACGGCAUGUACAACGACUGACGAAGGCGCGGACGACAGCCAUGCUCCUCCUCCGGCGCCCUUGGAUGAUGAUUAUUAGUUGUUUAAGUUGGAUGCCCUUGCAUGCAAUGCAAGGUCUCCGGAUCGAAAGGUAGACAGUGAGAAGCGACAGGGGGAUGAUGAUAAUGACACAAAACACGGAUAUUGCUCAGUCAAUUAAGAGAAAAGAGGGAUUCGCCUUGUAGCGCGGAAUAGCUACUAGCUAGAAGACCCUUCCGAGCGGCCAAAUUGAAUUUAAACCAACUGAUUUUCUACGCUUAAUUCGGACUUUUACGUUUAAGCAUAUUGAAUUUAUGUCAAGCAUUUGUUACCAAUCAAAUUGAUACCGAAACCUAUAUAUAUACCCCGUAUAUCUUAUCUACUUAAGACUCUGUACACCAGAUGCUGUAUAUUGGAGGCUGCGAAUCAGCCUCGACCACCGUCAGCGCAAUUAGCAAUCACUCAUUGAAUCCACAAUCUAGCCGUAAUGUGCCUUACGAACCAGCUCUACAUAUAAAAAAUACCUUUACACAUGAUAUUCUCCGUCUCCGAAGCCUACGAGAUGAACUCUCCGCAUUUACUUUACGCAACACCACACUCACUCAGAAAAAAAGCAGCAGAAACCAAAAAACACAACCAAUCGGCCUAAAACAAGCAAACUUAUUGCAGUGCGACAUAUAUAUAGGUAUAUAUACACAUAUAUUUCUCGUUGUUAUCAAAGUAACAAUUACAAUAAAGCAAAAGGCAGUCAAAUUGAA